AUGACGGAACUGUACCCAUGCUUCCGAUUCAACGCACUGAUUACCAUUCUGAAAUAUGAAAUUCUGUUGUUCGUGGAGAUGUGCCUGGAUCCAAUUUGCAUGGAGAAAAACCACCAUUGGUCAUCGCUUCCAACUUGUGCAAAGUGGACCCGCAUGACGCAUGUUUCAACUCCCUCUUCUCUUUUUUUCUCCCUUCUACUGUUGUCUUUCGUUUGUGGGUUCCUCCAUUUCACUCUUGUUUUUUGUUUACUAUUUAUUUACUUGAUUGUUUUUUUCUCUAUCCUGUGGCACUUUCCUGUUCCUUUCUACGUUACUAAACCCUUGGUAAAACUUGAGCGUCACUUUAUAGGUGCAGGAAUUGAAGCUCGAGGUUUUAUUUUUGGUCCUCCCAUUGCACUGGCUAUAGGAGCAAAGUUCGUUCCUUUGAGGAAACCAAAGAAGUUGCCUGGAAAAGUUAUUUCCCAAGAAUAUAUUCUUGAAUAUGGAAGGGACUGUCUUGAGAUGCAUGUUGGAGCUGUUGAAUCUGGUGAACGUGCUUUAGUGGUUGAUGAUUUGAUUGCAACGGGAGGAACACUCUGUGCAGCUAUGGAUUUGCUAGAACGUGUGGGAGCAGAAGUAGUGGAGUGUGCAUGCGUAAUUGAAUUACCGGAAAUGAAGGGUCGUGAGCGUUUGAACGGGAAGCCAUUGUACGUGUUGGUGGAAUAUAAGGAGAAAUGAAGUGAUGAUGUGAUGAGUAAGGUAGGUUGGAGGCAAAGAAUAUAUUUUAAGAUGAUGUGUGUCUCUCUGUGGGUGCUUUCCCAUUUGGAUUCCCAUCUUUGCUUCGAGUAGGAACGAUCAAAUCAAAUUAAUGCAUUUCUGUGACCCACUCUUUGGGCCUCACCUUCGCUUCCCCACCCCUUUUUCAAAUAAAAUUUUACAUCUUUGCCUAU